AUGGCCAGCCGGCCGCCAGGCGCGCCGUCUCCCAGCGACAACCUCAUCGACUUUGACGACCACCAGCCCGCAUACUCGUCGGGCCAGCCGCCGCCCGCCCCCGACCACGACCUCCUCCACCGCUACGACAUCGACGCCUCGGAUGCGCCGCCGCAGGGCCGGCCCUCGGUCUCGUACGAUGACUUUGUCGGCGGCCGUCCGCGCUCCCAGCCAGGCCUGCCGGGAGGGCCUGGCGCGCCCACAACGCCCUAUCUGGGAGGCGCCGACCACAACAGCAGGGCCUACUCGCAGACGUCGGACCUGCACAACUACCAGCGAUACUCGGACGCCGACAUCCCCGCCGAUGACGACGCCUCGGCCCAGGGCUACUACGCCGCCGGCGCUGCCUACGACCAGAACUCGCCCGACCUGCACCGCGGCGGCUCCAAGAAGGCGCACAACAGGAAUAGUAUUCUGAGCCUCGGCGGCGGCCUGACGGGGCGCGUCAAGAACAUGCUCGGCCGCGGCUCCGAGUACUCGGAGAUGGACAUGCCCUUGACCGAGAACGCUGCCCACCAGCAGCCGCCCGCUACCAGCGACACGCGCCCCGGCGCAUACGACGACGGCCAGUCGGCCAAGAAGAAAAAGGGCCUGGCCACCUUCAAGUUUGGCUUUGGCGGACGCACCCCCGACCCCUCGACCCUCGGCCCCCGCAUCAUCCACCUGAACAACCCGCCCGCCAAUGCCGCCAACAAGUACGUCGACAAUCACAUCUCGACGUCCAAGUACAACAUUGUCACCUUCCUGCCCAAGUUCCUCUACGAGCAGUUCUCCAAGUACGCCAACCUCUUCUUCCUCUUCACCGCCGUCCUCCAGCAGAUCCCGGGCAUCUCUCCCACAUCGCGCUUCACCACCAUCGUCCCGCUCGGCAUCGUCUUGCUCGUGUCGGCCAUCAAGGAGUACAUUGAAGACUACCGCCGCAAACAGUCCGACUCGGACCUCAACAACUCAAAAGCCCAGGUGCUCAAAGGCUCGUCUUUUGUAGACACCAAGUGGGUCAAUGUGGCAGUCGGCGACAUUGUGCGUGUCGAGUCGGAGCAGCCCUUCCCUGCCGACCUGGUCCUUCUCGCCUCUUCCGAGCCCGAGGGCCUCUGCUACAUUGAGACGGCCAACUUGGACGGCGAGACGAACCUCAAGAUCAAGCAGGCUAUCCCCGAGACGGCCGACUUUGUCAGUCCCGCUGAACUGGCCAGGCUCGGCGGCAGAAUCCGAUCCGAACAGCCCAACAGCAGUCUCUAUACCUAUGAAGCCACCCUGACCAUCACCGCCGGUGGCGGAGAGAAGGAGCUGCCAUUGGCUCCCGACCAGCUGUUGUUGCGUGGCGCCACACUCCGAAAUACCCCCUGGAUCCACGGUGUGGUCGUUUUUACAGGACACGAGACCAAGCUCAUGCGUAACGCCACCGCCACCCCUAUCAAGACGACAGCCGUCGAGCGAAUGGUCAACAAGCAGAUUCUCAUGCUGGUCGUCAUCCUCAUCUGUCUCAGCAUCAUCAGUUCCAUUGGCGACGUUGUCAUUCAGUCCACCCAACGAAACAGCCUCACCUAUCUCGACCUCCCGGACUUCAAUGGCGCCAAGCAGUUCUUCCGCGAUCUCUUGACCUACUGGGUCCUAUACUCCAACUUGGUCCCCAUCUCGCUCUUCGUCACGAUUGAAAUCGUCAAGUACUACACUGGCAGUCUGAUUGAUUCCGACCUCGACAUCUACUACGAGCCGACAGACACACCGGCCAAAUGCAGGACGUCGUCUUUGGUCGAGGAACUAGGCCAGAUUGAAUACAUCUUCUCGGACAAGACGGGCACCCUGACGUGCAACAUGAUGGAGUUCAGGCAGUCGACCAUUGCCGGUAUCCAGUAUGCUGACGAGGUGCCUGAGGAUCGACGUGCCACGGUGGAAGAUGGAAUCGAGGUUGGAAUCCACGACUUCCAGCAGCUCGAACAGAACCGAAAAUCGCACGCCAACAGGCACAUCAUCGACCAGUUUCUCACGCUUCUCGCAACGUGCCAUACGGUUAUUCCCGAAAUGAAAGGAGAAAAGGGCGCUAUCAAGUACCAGGCCGCUUCUCCGGAUGAGGGCGCUUUGGUCGAAGGCGCAGUGACUCUGGGCUACAGGUUCAUUGCCAGAAAACCGCGUGCUGUCAUCAUCCAAGUCGAUGGCCGUCAGCUGGAAUACGAACUGUUGGCUGUGUGCGAAUUCAACUCGACCAGAAAGAGAAUGUCUACCAUCUUCCGCACCCCGGAAGGCAAGAUUAUAUGCUACACCAAGGGCGCUGAUACCGUCAUCUUGGAGAGGCUUUCAAAGGACAAUCCCUAUGUAGAGACAACCCUGACACACCUGGAAGAGUACGCUUCGGAAGGACUCCGUACGCUCUGUCUGGCUAUGCGCGAGAUUCCCGAGGACGAGUUUCACGAAUGGUGGUCCAUCUUCAACACUGCACAGACGACGGUCAGUGGCAACCGUGCCGAUGAGCUUGACAAGGCUGCCGAACUCAUUGAGCGCGACAUGACUCUACUGGGAGCGACUGCUAUCGAGGACAAGCUUCAGGAUGGCGUCCCAGACACGAUUGCUACUCUCCAAUCGGCCGGCAUCAAGGUUUGGGUCUUGACGGGCGAUCGCCAAGAGACUGCCAUCAACAUUGGCAUGAGUUGCAAGCUGAUUAGCGAAGACAUGAGCCUUCUCAUCAUCAAUGAAGAAAACAAGGAAGCUACCCGAGACAACAUACGCAAGAAGUACCAGGCAAUCACCAGCCAGAGUCAGGGCGGAGCGGAAAUGGACGUGCUCGCUCUUGUCAUUGACGGAAAGUCACUGACAUAUGCCCUGGAGCGCGACAUCGAAAAGGAGUUUCUCGAUCUCGCCAUCAGGUGCAAGGCUGUCAUCUGCUGCCGUGUGUCUCCGCUCCAGAAGGCGCUCGUUGUCAAGCUCGUCAAGCGCCAUCUCAAGUCGAUUCUGCUGGCCAUUGGUGACGGAGCCAACGAUGUGUCUAUGAUCCAGGCUGCCCAUGUUGGCGUUGGUAUCAGCGGUGUCGAAGGUCUCCAGGCUGCUCGCAGUGCAGACAUUGCAAUUGGCCAGUUCCGUUACCUGCGCAAGCUUCUCCUUGUGCAUGGCGCGUGGAGCUACCAGCGUGUCAGCAAGGUCAUUCUGUACUCGUUCUACAAGAACAUUGCCAUGUUCAUGACACAGUUCUGGUAUUCUUUCCAAAACGGCUUCUCUGGUCAAAUCAUCUACGAAUCGUGGACGCUUACUUUCUACAAUGUCUUCUUCACGGCGGCGCCGCCUUUUGUCCUCGGUAUCUUUGACCAGUUUGUGAGCGCGCGGCUGCUGGACCGAUACCCACAACUCUAUCGGCUCAGCCAGUCUGGCGUCUUCUUUAGGAUGCACUCAUUCUGGUCUUGGGUCGGCAACGGCUUCUACCACUCGCUUAUUCUCUACUUUGGCGCCCAGGCCUUCACACUCUGGGACUGGCCGCAAUGGGAUGGGCGCAACGCAGGCCACUGGGUUUGGGGCACGGCAGCCUACACUGCUAAUCUUGCGACUGUGCUACUCAAGGCGUCGCUCAUCACCAACAUCUGGACAAAGUACACUGUGCUGGCUAUUCCAGGCUCGAUGCUUGUCUGGUUCAUCCUCAUGCCUCUCUAUGCCACGGUUGCGCCCAUGACUGGCGUGUCGCACGAGUAUGUGGGCGUCAUUGAGCGACUCUUCCCUGACCCGCGGUUCUGGGCCAUGGUUAUAGUGCUACCGCCGCUUUGCUUGAUCCGAGACUUUGCGUGGAAGUACGCCAAGAGAAUGUACUUUCCGCAAAGCUACCAUCAUGUUCAGGAGAUUCAAAAGUACAACAUCCAGGACUAUCGGCCACGAAUGGAGCAAUUUCAAAAGGCGAUUCGAAAAGUGCGACAGGUGCAGCGUAUGCGCAAACAGCGCGGAUACGCAUUCUCGCAGACGGACGAGUCACAGGCUCGGGUGCUGCAAGCCUACGACACUACACAACAGAGAGGCAGAUAUGGCGAGAUGGCGAGUUCGCGGAAAUAG